UUUACGCUUCUCACUUUUCUCCAUCCCCUUCUCUCUCCUACUUUUUCAAUCUCCAACCCUCAAUUUCUCUCUCUCAACUCCGGCACCGCCCUAGCCACACCAAACCGCCGGCGACAGUCGCGAACGACGGCGACGGUGCAGUAGCAACCCCAAGCAGCAUCGGCGUUGGCGAGACCCACAACGAUUGAACCGCUCAAAUUCGCGCCCCAUACAUCUAAUGGCUGCUUGAAAAAAGGAUGAAUCAUCUUUGAUCUGGAAUUCAAGUAAAGAUUGAAUUGAAGAAACCCUCGAAGCCCAUUUUUCCCAAUUGAACUUCCUCUUCUUCUUUGUGUUGAUUCUUCUGCGUGAGAUUGUGUGAUUGUAUUUAGAGAGAGAAGGUGAGAACCAGAGAUGUCGUACUUGCUGCCGCAUCUUCACUCAGGUUGGGCCGUUGAUCAAGCAAUUCUCGCUGAAGAGGAACGGCUUGUGGUUAUUCGAUUCGGCCAUGACUGGGACGAGACCUGUAUGCAGAUGGAUGAAGUGUUGGCCUCAGUUGCAGAGACAAUUAAGAACUUUGCGGUAAUAUACCUUGUGGAUAUCACGGAGGUUCCUGAUUUCAACACGAUGUACGAACUUUAUGAUCCUUCCACUGUCAUGUUCUUCUUUAGGAACAAGCACAUAAUGAUUGAUCUCGGUACUGGAAACAACAAUAAGAUAAACUGGGCGCUCAAGGAUAAGCAGGAGUUCAUUGAUAUCAUCGAAACGGUCUACCGUGGAGCAAGGAAAGGACGUGGUUUAGUCAUUGCACCCAAGGACUAUUCAACCAAAUAUCGCUACUAAGAUGUUGUGCAAGUUCUUGUUGAUGUCUCAGAAAUAUGUACUAUAUAACAUUAAAGUCAGUUUUCGAUGUCGGUUUUUGUUACGACUUCUCAAAACAUUGAAUCAUUGAUGAACCUCUGAAGAGGGUAUAUAACUGUUUCUGAAGUGGUCAUUUUAUUAUGGCAUAAGGUUGAAUAAGCUGUUUCCUUGUC